AUGUCAACCUCAUUCCCAGGACUCGUCCACGAUUCAGAGAUACGUCAUGAUGGAUCAAACAGCUAUCGUUUGAUGCAACUGGGAUGUCUGGAAUCUGUGGCUAACUCAACUGUCGCUUACUCUUCCACCUCUCCACUAACUUACUCCACAACUGGUACUGAAUUUGCUUCCCCUUAUUUUUCUGCAAAUCACCAGUACACCCCACUUCAUCACCAGUCCUUCCACUAUGAGUUCCAGCACAGCCACCCAGCUGUAAACCCAGAUGCCUAUUCCUUGAAUUCACUUCACCAUUCUCAGCAAUAUUAUCAGCAAAUCCAUCAUGGGGAGCCAACAGAUUUCAUUAAUUUGCACAAUGCCAGGGCACUCAAGUCAUCUUGUUUGGACGACCAAAGGAGAGAUUUCGGGUGCCUGGAUGCUUACCGUCGUCAUGAUUUGUCCCUUAUGAGCCACGGAUCCCAAUAUGGGAUGCAUCCUGAUCAAAGGCUAUUACCUGGAUCAAGUUUGGGACUUUCAGGCACAGGAGGAGAUGAUUUUCAGGGGUCAGUGGAAACUCAAUGUGGGUUAGUGCUCAACAGUCAAGGCGGCGUGAUAAGAAGAGGUGGCACUUGUGUUGUGAACCCUACAGAUUUAUUCUGCUCUGUUCCUGGUCGUCUUUCCCUCUUGAGUUCUACAUCAAAAUACAAAGUGACCAUAGCAGAAGUCAAAAGACGCCUGUCCCCACCUGAGUGCCUCAAUGCAUCUCUCCUUGGAGGAAUCUUGAGAAGAGCAAAAUCCAAAAAUGGGGGACGUUGUUUAAGAGAAAAGUUGGACAGACUAGGUUUAAAUUUACCAGCGGGAAGAAGAAAAGCUGCAAAUGUUACGUUAUUGACCUCUUUAGUAGAAGGGGAAGCAUUACAUCUGGCAAGAGAUUUUGGUUACACCUGUGAAACAGAGUUCCCAGCGAAGGCAGUUGGAGAACACUUAGCGCGACAGCACAUGGAACAGAAAGAACAGACAGCACGAAAAAAGAUGAUCCUUGCAACAAAGCAAAUUUGCAAAGAGUUUCAGGACCUGCUUAGCCAAGACAGAUCACCUUUGGGAUCAUCAAGACCGACUCCAAUUUUAGACCUAGACAUACAGAGACAUCUAACACAUUUCAGUUUGAUCACUCAUGGUUUUGGAACACCGGCAAUAUGCGCGGCUUUAAGCACCUUCCAAACUGUUCUAAGUGAAAUGCUAAAUUAUUUGGAAAAACACACAACAAACAAAUCCGGAGGAGUAUCAGAAUGUGGCCAGGGAAAUGCCAAUGCAGAAAAAGGAACCCUGCGGAAAACCUCAGAUGUUGUUGUAAAAGAUGCCAAAACAGAAAAGACAGACUAG